AUUUUCAACAGCAUACGAAAGAUUCAAUAUGGCGUCGGGCCAAACUUCAAUUGCUAUGCAAAAAAAGUCUAUUGUCAUCGACACAAUUUUUUUUUUGCACUAUUUACAGACUGUGUAUAGUAAAUUAAAUAAAUUUGCAGCGAGAAUUAAGCGAAAAUCGAACAAUCAAAUGGAACUUUCUAAUAUGGAUAACCAACUCAAACCCACCAUUGAAAAACUAUUCAAUGCAUUAAAUAAUAAAAAUGACAGCGAAAUUCUGGGUUAUUACGAGCGCACGGUUUUGUUGCUGAACAAUGCAUAUUUUGUAAAAAGUCAUUGGCCGGAUGACAAAAAAUUUGGUAAAGACAAAUUGUCAAUUAUACUCUGCAAAGAAUUACGUCAGCGUCAUGCAUAUACGCACAUCUCGUCACUACCAAACCAGGACCACAAGUCUGCAUUUGAAAACUGUCGCAAAUUUUUUGAUUCGAUUGCGAAGGCAUCGAAACCCGUUCAAUUGAAACUGCCAGACGAUUGGCUAUGGCAAAUAAUCGACACUUUCGUGUCUCGAUAUAUUGAGGUUAACGGGCGUGAUGAUGCGAGAAAUACAUUUUCUGAUAUAUACAGCAAAUUUCUAACGCAUUCAUCCAACAUCGAUUCCAAGUCAGUUGCGAGUACGCUGCACUAUUUUAGUUUGGUUGAAAUGUUGCGCUUACAUUCGUUGUGUGGUGAUUAUAAAAAGGCAAUUAAUUUGUUGAAAUCGAUUAAUAUUCACAAGAAGGAUCAAAACACACCGAUACCAGCUUUUGAAGUCUUGACGUCGUAUUAUGCUGGUUUCUCUUAUAUGAUGAUGAGUCGCUACAGAAAUGCCAUUGAUACGUUUACCUCAAUUUUGGUGACCAUUCAUGAAAAUAAGUCGUUGUACAUCAAGCGGUCAUAUCAAAAUAAUCAAAUCAACGAACUAAUCGAAAAAAUGUACCGAUUGAUGGCGAUUUGCUGGGCAGUCAGUCAGACGCCAGUCCACGGAAUAAUUCUAAGAUCGUUGCAUGACAGGGACUACACGAACGGGUUUAUUAACAUGUACAACAACGAUUGGAAUGAGUUCGAGGGAUUCUUCAAGUCAGGCCGCCCAGAACAUAUAAUUGAUGAGGCAUCGACUGAUUUCAAACUACAGAUUGAGCAACAUUUCAAUAGUCACAUUUUUCAUCAUUCUCGCCCAGAUGCUGAAUUUCCAGAUUCCCCAAACAGCCGGAAUUUUACAAUCACAGAAACAUGUAGCAAAACACUGGUAAUGACCACACUGGCAUCGUUUACAUUGAUAUGUGUUGUCGUCUUUGCAAUGUCAUUUUUUUGUUUGCUUCUCAAAUAUCAGUUCAUGGUUGAUUUUUAUGAAAAUUAUAGCCUGUAUUAUUUUGGUUUGGCAAUCGUUUUGGUUGUUUUGAUUGUCUUUUGUGGGUGUAUCUUUAUGAAUGCUGACAAGCACUUGUUAGCUAGCAUCGGAAAAAAAUGCCAAUCAAUCAAAAUUAUCAAAAAUAUUUUAUGUUAAUAAUAAAAUCACUUA